CUUUUAUGGAAAAACAAACAGCUGAUUUUUGAGAAUUUUUUUUUUCUUGAAAAACGUUUUGUUGUUGUUUCGAUUAUUAAUCAAUAAUCUUUUUUUUUAAUUGUUCUCUUUAAAAAUGGCAACUCUUUUUGAAGAUAUUUUCGAGAUUAAAGAUAUCGAUCCAGAGGGUAAAAAGUUCAAUCGAGUUAGUAGAAUUCAUUGUGACUCUGAAUCUUUUAAAAUGGAGCUUAUUCUAGAUGUUAAUUCUCAAAUCUAUCCUGUUGAAUUGGGUGAUAAAUUUCGUCUUAUGAUCACAAUUACUUUACGGGAGGAUGGUUUUCCUACAGACAAUGAAUGGUCAUUGGAAGAAACUAAAUCAGUGUUGGUAGAUUCAUUUGAAUAUGUGAUGUUUGGUAAAGUCUAUAGAAUCGAGGGUGAUGAAGGUCCUGGAGAUGCAUCUAGAUUAGCAACUUAUGUGUCAUUUGGUGGAUUAUUGAUGAGACUACAAGGCGAUCCAAACAAUUUACACGGUUAAAUGGAUCAAAAUGUAUAUUUACUCAUGAAAAGAUUAGCUUUCUAAACAUAAUGACACAAAACACACACAGAGAGAGAGAAAAGAUCAUCAAACCCAAACAACAACAACAACAAUUAAUUGUUCACGAUUCCUUCCCAUUCCGAGGUCGCCUCUUUAUCCAUUAAAUCAUCUCAUCCAAUCAGUUCACCAACACACACACAAUCUUUGUACUACCAACAAAAAGCAAAAGAAACCUAAAUGAAAAAAAACAAAAUUAAUAAAUCAUAUGUUUCAAGAGAA